UGUAUACCCGGUAAAACUGGUUGUCUGACCAAUUGCUGACUAGAACGUAUCUAAUCUGAGGGAAAAUAACAAUAUUACUCAUAACACAAAGUUUCGACGCCUCUUGGGCUUGCGAUUGAUUGGAAUGGAUAUUGGUAUUCAGUGUUUUUUCAAUUGUUUCCGUAAUGGGUCUCGCAAAUAUAGAAGAGCUCUACAACGACUGUCUAUACCAUAUAUUUGACUUUUUGACCACUGAAGAUCGCAUUAUUUUCGCACAAGUAUGCCAUAGAUUUCGUCAGCUUUUUAUAAAUCAGUGUGCUGCUAAAUACCGCAUGUAUACCCUCGAUAAAGACAGUUCACGACUUGAGCUGAUACAAUUUUGUAUUUGUCGCGAGGCAGUAGAGUGCUUGACCAUUGACCUGGAUCACUUCGAUACGGCUAGAUGUUACAGAAGCUAUGGAUGUGAAACUCCAGAAAACUGUUUUCAAAUUCUCUGCCAGACUUUGGCCGGUAUGCUAAGGCUAGAGCAUUUGGUAGUCAAGCAGGAAUCGAUGCUAGUUACACCGAUUCAAAAGCCAUUCGAUCAGAUAUUGACCGCCGUCAGACAUUUGCCGAAGCUCAGCCGAUUGGAAAUUCGUGCUAGAGACGACAGCAGCUUCGAACGUGUUAGCCAACUUUGCCAUCUCGAAGAACUGCAGAUCCUCGUCCCAAAAAUUUCACUCGCAACUCUGGUGAAAUGUUGCCGGUCCAGUGGCAAUCUUCGCAGUCUUCAUCUGGGCUAUGCCUGCAUACAGAAGAAUUUGAGUUACAUAGUGCCGCAUUGCAAGAACUUGGAGGUGCUCAAGUUUGGCAUGCCCGCGAAUUCUUCAGAAUACUUGCAGCUGGCUAGGCUACCGAAGCUGCGGCAACUAUCCUACUUUGGGAUUCGCAGAAGCGGCUCCUUUGAACCACUUCUUUCAGCUCUAGCUGCCAAAUCUCAGUUGACACAUCUGUCCAUCGACGGAGGGAGUCUUACUAUGCAGGAGACCUGCCAGUUGGUCCGUAUCCAGAGCUUAAGGCAUUUCAAGGGCUUCUACUCAACGACUGACUGUGUGGAGAUGCUGGGUUGUCUUGCCAAUCUGGAGGAGCUCCGCCUCUCGAUAUUCUGCCCAACUGAUAUUUCCAAUAAUCUUCUGCCAAUCAUUGCAAAAUGCAAAGAUCUAAAGCUUCUGCAAAUUGCAGGAGGAAAUGUCAAUACAAAGUCCCUAAAUGAUGCUAUUAGCCUUAGAAAAUCUGAACCAGUUGUCUUAGUCUUAAAAUAGAUCAAUAGAUACAUUUUCAAUAGACUUUAAGAAAAACAUACUACGUUGCACAUUAUAUAGUGUGCAACUAACUAAUCUUACAGCAUGAACUUUUUGAAUUUCAGAUUAAAAAGUGCACUCCAAGUGCGAUAAAAUUACUA